AUGGUCCCCGUCAACGCACAAGCGAAUGAACCCAUUGCAGUUAUCGGGAGUGGCUGUCGAUUUCCCGGAUCUGCCUCCACUCCUUCGAAGCUAUGGGAGCUGUUGAAACAACCAAGGGAUUUGCUUAGCAAAAUACCAAAAGAGAGAUUCGAUGUCGAUACAUUUUAUCACCCCGACGGCACCCACCAUGGCCGCACAAAUGCGAGAUACGCGUACCUUUUGGACCAGGACCCCUAUGAAUUUGAUGCAUCUUUUUUCAACUUGCCCGCCAAUGAAGUCAGCACAAUCGAUCCUCAACACCGCCUGAUGCUCGAAACUGUUUACGAUGGUAUUACCACGGCCGGCCUCAAGAUGGAAGACCUCCGUGGCUCAUUGACUGCUGUUUACGUGGGUAUGAUGCAUCGCGACUUCCUCGACAAUCAAAACUACGAUCUUGAUGCAAUGAAUAUGUACGCUGCUACCGGAACAGCGGCAUCUAUCCUGUCAAACAGGGUGUCAUAUUUCUUUGAUUGGCAUGGGCCAAGUAUGACAAUCGACACGGCUUGCAGCUCAUCGUUAGUUGCCGUGCACCACGCAAUCCAGCAACUUCGAACCGGCUCAAGUAAGGUCGCAAUUGCAGCAGGAGCAAACUUGGUACUGGGCCCGUUUUCUCUCAUUGUUACAAGUAAACUCAAUAUGCUCUCGCCAACAGGCCGGUGUCGGAUGUGGGACGCAGGCGCUGACGGGUAUGUAAAAGGCGAAGGCGUCGCUGCUGUUGUUCUGAAAACACUCAGUCAAGCACUCGAAGACGGUGACAGCAUCGAGUGUAUCAUCCGAGAGAGUGGUAUCAACCAAGAUGGCAGGACUCCCGGUAUUACCAUGCCCAGUCAUACGGCACAAGAAGCUCUUAUUCGCGACGUCUACUCGCGUGCGGGACUUGACUUAACCAAACCCGAGGACCGACCACAGUACUUCGAAGCUCACGGUACAGGGACUGCAGCUGGAGAUCCACAGGAAGCUCAUGCAAUAUCCUCAGCUUUCUUUGGCGAAAGAGAACGCGGCACCGACGAGGAGCCUUUGUAUGUUGGUAGUAUCAAGACAAUCAUCGGCCACACUGAAGGCACCGCUGGUAUAGCCGGCUUGAUGAAAGCUUCGUUGGCGAUUCAGCAUGGCGUCAUACCGCCCAAUAUGCUUUUCGAAAAGCUCAGCGACGGAGUCGCCCCAUUUUAUGGAGAUCUUCAAGUUGUGACAGAGAACCAGUCGUGGCCAAAAUUGCAGUACGACCAGCCACGACGUGUCAGCGUCAAUUCGUUCGGAUUCGGCGGCACAAAUGCCCACAUUAUCGUUGAAUCUUCGCCAAUAUUACGAGAUGCUACCAUCACUGGGCCCACGCCAUGCCUGGCCCCGAUCGCGCUAUCUGCGAAUUCAGAGUCCUCUCUCAAAGCCGCCGUCGAAGACUUAGCUGAUUACCUCAAAACACAACCGGAUACACCGAUGCACGAUCUAGUCUGGACAUUGUUGAGAAACAGGUCCGAUCAUUCAGUUCGCUAUACUACUCCAAGUGGCUCUGUCGCAGCUGUGCGCGAGGCCCUUAUCCAUGACGCAGCGUUGAUUCAAGGGAAGGAGAGCAUUGCAAUCAAGUCAGAAGCCCGGACCAUGCCAAAAGUACUGGGCAUAUUUACUGGGCAGGGUGCGCAAUGGCCGGCUAUGGGCAAGGUCCUCUUAUCAACCUUUGCGAAAGCCCGCGAGAUCGUCUUAGAGCUCGAUCAUUCCCUCCAGACUUUGCCACCAGCUUUCAGGCCAACAUGGAAACUCAUUGAUCAGCUACAAUUGGAAGGCGAUGACUCUAUGGUGCAUGAUGCGACAUUCUCGCAACCUAUGUGUUGUGCAAUCCAGAUUCUGCUCACGAAGCUUCUCUUCGCUGCGGGUAUCAAGUUCAAUGUUGUGGUUGGGCACAGUUCAGGUGAAAUAGCUUGUGCAUACGCAGCAGGAUUUAUCUCAUCGUGUCAAGCGGUCCGAAUUGCUUACCUUCGUGGCCUUACUUCACAGCUCGCGGAAUCCCCAACCGGUGUGGAGGGUGCAAUGAUGGCAGCUGGAACCACAUUUGAUGACGCGCAGGAGCUAUGUGCUCUUGAGAUCUUUGAGGGAAGGCUCAAGGUGGCUGCCAGUAACAGCCCGGACAGCGUCACAUUAUCAGGCGAUAAAGAUGCGAUUCUCGAGGCUCAAGAGAUCCUUAACGACGAAUCGCGGUUUAAUCGUCUCCUCAAGGUCGACAAAGCUUACCAUUCACAUCAUAUGGCUCCAUGUGCCGAGCCCUAUAUUGCAGCAUUGAAGGCCUGUGAUUGUGAUGCAUCGGAAUUGGACAUAGAACCAUCUGUCACCUGGAUUUCCUCUGUGUUCGAAGGACGAGUCAUGAAACCAGACGACCUACGGGCUGAAUACUGGAAGGAUAAUCUCCUCUCAUCCGUACUGUUUCAGGACGCCGUCGAGGAAGCAAUCAUCCACAAUCCAAUAGACGUCUGUCUAGAGGUUGGUGCCCAUCCAGCUCUCAAAGAUCCCACACUUAAGACGAUUGAAAAUUGCAGUGGGUUUAGCUUGCCAUACACAGGAUUCAUGCAACGUAAAAAGAAUGACCUCGAGGCCUUUUCAGCGGGGCUUGGAUAUCUCUGGACUCGUUUUGGCACGCCUGUUCUUGAUCUAGACCGUCUGUACAACGAGCUAUCGAUCGACAAAGGAACCAAGAGUCUAUCCAAAGACCUCCCAUGCUACCCUUGGGAUCACUCUCGAAGACACAAGAAGGAGUCCCGCAACCUAAAAGCAUUCCUUCGGGCACAGAAACCCCAUCUCCUACUUGGAAAGGUACUGGCUCAUAGUACUCCUUCAAUGAUUCUGUGGCAGAAUCACAUACGCCAGCGCGAUAUUGAAUGGUUAGAUGGCCAUUCCCUGCAGGGUCAGACCGUGUUUCCAGGCGCCGGUUACGUUGUUAUGGCUAUGGAAGCCGCUCUUCAUGAAGCGGGUGACCGCGAGGUUCAGCUACUUGAGGUACUUGACCUGGUUAUCGACAAGGCAGUCACGUUCGAAGACGAGAGCAGUUUGAUUGAGCUCAAUUUGAGUUUGAUGGUUAAUACUAGUGAAGCCACCGAUACGUCUAUUUCUUACACGUUCGUCAUCAAUUCUUGUCUCGCCAAAGAAACCGGCCUAUCAAGCUCAGCUACAGGUACAAUCAUCGUUGUUUUCGGCCAAGGAAGCUUGGAAACAUUACCAGUAGCUCAAGCCGAGCCGCCUCACAUGAACAAGGUCAGCGUCGAUCGGUUUUACAACAUGUUGCAUGAGAUUGGUUACGGCUACACCAAACAAUUCCGGGGUGUCAGUAGCCUCAGACGUGGUGACAGCAAAGCUUGCGGCACAAUCGACUUCCACCGCCUCGAGGAUAAUCAUCGACAGCUAGUGAUGCAUCCGGCUAGUCUGGAUGUUGCUUUUCAGACGUUCAUUGGUGCUUAUACUUCCCCUGGCGAUAAACGUCUGCGCAACCUCCUCGUUCCCACCGGCAUCGACAGAAUUGUACUCAACCCCUGGGCCACUGACCAAAUCCAUUCCUUGAGUAGAGAUGUGAGCUUCGUCUCUACUAGUACUACGGGAGCUGGUAACGGUGUUGCCGGCGAUAUCGAAGUGUUUGAUCCUGCUACUCGAGCAACUAUACUUCAGAUCGAAGGGCUUAGUUUCAAGCCGUUCUCGCCACCAUCUGCAGCUGAUGACCACCAAAUGUUCGCAAAAUGGACCUGGAGCCAAUUAAGCCCCGACGCCGUCCUAGAUGAUAGUAGAUACCACGCAAGCGAGAAAGAUAAAGCCGCUACUGAAAUGAUCGAGCGCAUCACUUACUGGUACAUCAAGCUGUUCCUUAAUAGCUUGACCACGGAAGAUCGCGAGAGAGCAGCUUUUCACCAGACAAAGCAAAUCCAGUGGUGCGAAUAUAUCAUGGCCGAGACAAAAUCUGGGCACAACAUCUGGUACGACAUCGCAUGGGAGGCAGACACUCCUGAGGAUAUCGAGAGAAUUAUUCGAGAUUGGUUCUACCAUCCUUUCAUCCGACUUAUUCAAAGAGUCGGCGAGAACAUGAUCGAUGUGAUUCGAGACAACAGGAACCCCUUCGACCUUAUGGACCAUGAUGGUCUAUUGACUGAGUUCUACGGGAGCACCAUUAGCUAUGGCCACUCCUAUCAUUACUUUCAGAAGCUUUGCGCACAAAUCAACCAUCGCUACCAGAAUAUGGAUGUGCUCGAAAUUGGUGCUGGAACCGGAGGAGCUUCAAGACAUUUCCUAAACUCUGAGCAAGUCUCUUUCAAUAACUAUACAUUCACGGAUAUCUCGAACGCAUUCUUCGAGCAAGCGGCCAAAGAAUUUGCGGAACAUGCGGACAGAAUGGAGUUCCGUCCACUUGAUAUUCGACGCGAUCCUGUUGAACAAGAAUUCAAACCCAACUCUUACGACUUGAUCAUCGCCUCCAAUGUACUCCAUGCUACACCCAAGCUUGAGAAGACGCUAGCGAAUGUCAGAAAGCUACUCAAACCAGGUGGUCAACUUGUUAUCAUCGAGGUGACGCAUCGCGAACAUGCUCGUAUUGGAUUCAUUUUCGGCCUGUUCACGGAUUGGUGGGCGGGCCAUGAUGAGGGUCGUGUUUAUGAGCCUUUUGUAACCUACGAAAAAUGGGAUGAGCUGCUUAAGCGAACCGGAUUCUCUGGGAUAGAUAGCCGCACACUUGAUCCUGACAGCACGAUAUUCCCGAACGGGGUUUUCAGUUCUCGUGCUGUCAAUGAUCUCAUAAAGAGCCUGGACUCGCCGUUGACUGUUCCAAUCAAGGAGAGCUAUCCCCCACUGGUGGUUAUCGGAGGAGCGUCCUCUGGGACGGCCCUAUUGCUGGAAAAGUUGAGAUCUACCGUACCUCACCGAAGUUUGCUGACAGUCAAUCGCAUCCGAGAUGUCAUCGACGCUGGCAUUGAGCCGAAAUCAACCUUUAUCGUUCUCUCCGAGCUUGAUGAAGAGACCUUCACAGGGCUUGACAAUGACCAAUUUGAGUCCCUCCAGGCCAUCUUUGACCGCGCAAGUCACGUUCUAUGGGUGACAGAAAGCGCGUGGGUCAACCACCCACAACAAGGAAUGACUAUAGGUCUGCUCCGCACUUUACGUUUGGAGUAUCUCAAUGUUCAAUUGCAGGUCUUGGAUGUCGACUAUGCCGAGAGCCUUACAUCUGAAGUCUUAAUCGAGACCGUCCAGCGCCUUGAGGACGGCUCGAAUUGGCAAGAGAAUGGAAUUCUUUGGACCCAAGAACCAGAACUCUACCUUCACAAAGACCAGCUGGUUGUUGCGCGACUCAAGCCUGACGUGGACAGAAAUAAUCGGCUUAACUCCAACCGCCGACCUGUCACAGCUAGCUUUGACCCCUACCAGGACGAGUUGGCUCUAGUCAAUGAAGGAGGUGUCGACUUCUUCAGAUGCCUUGAGGAGCGUCAUGUUCCUGAUAGUAUUUCGGACUAUACCGUCAGAGUUCAAGUGACGCACUCGCUUGUAAAGGCCGUGCGGGUAGGCAAGCUCGGCAUUUUCAAUCUGAUCCAAGGCUAUAUUACAGCGUCAGGCGAAGCCGUUGUUACCCUGAGCGAAAGCCAGGCCUCAUUCAUUGAUGCCUCCAACGAUCACCUCAUUCGCCUAGAAAGUCAGCAGGCCGAUGCUACGUGUGUUCUGCCAGCUUUAUUGGCGGAUCUUGUGGCUCAGACUCUGCUUGCUGAUGCAGCUCCUGGGACGACCGUUCUCGUCUUUGACCCCCCGAAUUAUUUCAUCGACUCUCUUGUCCGUCAAGGUGUUGCCGCCAAGGUACAAGUUGUGAUUGCGAGUGUCAACCCCCCGGUCGAUGGACAUAACACCCAAUGGAUUCAACUACAUCCGCGAGAGACGCAACGUCAGCUACUGAAAAAGAUUCCCGCCAAUGUCGCCGUGUUCUAUAAUCUAGCCACCACAGAACAUAUUAGGGAACUAGGCCGACGCCUAUCUGCCAAUCUUCCUUCGAGCUGUCAUGUCGCCUUUUUGGCUAGUCUAAUCCAUGACUCUGGAGCGCCAGUUUCAGAAAGUUGCAGCCGCGAUGCAUUAGCCGCGCUCCAAGCCGCUGUAAAAAGGCUGGGUGAGGUGCAGUUAGAAGACACGAAGUCUACUCUCACCCCUAGCCAGCUACUCUCGGUGGAAGGCGCUUACAGGUUUGAUUCAAUCAUCCAGUGGCAAGCGGAGCCGAAAAUCACAGCCCGAGUCCGCUCUAUUGAGACUGGUCGUCUCUUUGUUGACGACAAGACUUACCUUCUCGUUGGUCUAUCGGGUGAUCUUGGUCGAUCCAUCGCUCGAUUCAUGAUUGAGGGGGGCGCACGCCAUAUUGUGCUUUCAAGUCGGUCGCCUAAGAUUGACCCACAAUGGAUUGAAGACAUGGCUGCAGCAGGGGGUAGUAUCAUGGUUCUGCCUAUGGAUGUUUCAAAUGAGGGUUCAGUUGAUAAUGGCCUGGCCACGAUUCGUGCAUCCAUGCCACCGAUCGCCGGCGUGGCAUUUGGUCCUCUCGUUCUUCAGGAUGUUAUGUUCAAUAACAUGGAUCUCUCACUUAUGGAGAUGGUUUUGGCGCCCAAGGUCACUGGUGCUCGCCUGCUCAAUGAACGGCUCUCCGACCCUUCAAGUCCUCUCGACUUCUUCGUCAUGUUCUCUUCCUUCGUCAUGGUCUCUGGAAAUCCUGGACAGGCUGCUUACAGCGCUGCCAAUGCUUUCACACAUGCGCUUGCUCAGCAGCGAAGAUCUCGGGGUAUGGCCGGGUCCACCAUCGACAUCGGCGCAGUUUAUGGUGUCGGUUUCAUCGCUCGGGCUGGUCGUGAAGAGGAGUAUGAUGUUGUCAGGUUUAUGUUCGACGAAGUCAACGAAUGGGAGCUUCAUGCCCUUUUCGCCGAAGCUGUUGUUGCCGGUCGGGCUCCCGGCACCGACCAGGUAGAGCUAGUCACAGGCAUGCCCUACAUCGACCCAGCGGACCGCGACCAGAUACCAUACUUUGACGAUCCUCGAUUAGCAUAUUACAAGCUUGCUGAUGGCCGCAAUAAAGGCCACGAGCUUGCCAGUGAUAAGGGAUCCAUACAAGAGCGCUUCCUCAAAGCGGAGACCAUGGACGAGGUUCGCGCCAUCAUUCUAGAGGGCGUAUCUGCCAAGAUUCGUGGGGCGCUACAGGUCGCGGCUUCAGAUGAUCUCAACUUGAAUUCUCCCUUGGUGGACCAAGGCGUCGAUUCACUCAGUGCUGUCACCAUCGGUACUUGGUUCUCGAAAAAUCUAAGUGUCGAUGUACCCCUUCUUAAGAUUCUAGGUGGCGCCUCGGUCUCAGAUCUCGUGGAGGAGUCCAUCUCCCGUAUACUUCCUGCAGUAAUUCCGUUGGCCUAUGACGGAUCUGCAAAUGAGAUUCUAAAAGACGAGACGCCAGUCGCAGUCGACGUGGAGGCAAUGGGGCUAGCAUCAAACUCUGGCAGCGACGACUUGAGUCUUCCAAGCGACUAUAUGAGCGCCCCGACGCCCAUAUCGCUCUUUUCAUCAACAUCCGAUCAAAAGUUCGAGGGCGUGGAGCGCAUUGUUCCGCUUUCCAUAGCCCAAGAGUACUGUUGGAAACAACAACAACUUGGCCUAGACCCCUCGACCUUCAACUCCACGAUCGCUAUGUUCAUGCAGGGCACACUCGACCUCAAUCGCUUGGGUUGGGCGUUUAAUCAAGCACUACAGCGCCAUGACGCCUUUCGAACAUGUUUCAUCACAGAUCCGGCCGACGAGUCUCGGUUGCUACAAAGUGUGAUGAAGUCACCGGCAGUGGGUUUUGAGAUAAUCAAGGUGGCGGACAGAGCAGCGGCCGAAAGAUGCUGCAAAGACCUUGAAAGCUACGAAUACAACGUGUUCGAAGGAACGACUCUGAAACUGGUCAAUUACUCUUGGUCAUCUACCGAUCACCUCCUUGUAUUUGCCUACCAUCGUCUUGUUGGCGAUGGCUGGACUACAGAGCAUCUCUUUGUGGAAGCCGGGCAGCUGUACAAUGGUGUGCAGUUAGAUCCACCGCCGAGCUAUGCUGACUUCGCAGUUCGCCAGCGAAAUGAUCUUGUGUCCGGGGCAGCAGAGAAUGACUUAUCGUACUGGUCGACGCUUUUCGAGACUCUUCCAGUCAGGCUCCCUAUACUUGAUGUUCCGGGUAAACGAAUCUCGGCCUCACCAACUUGGUCGGAGCAUGAGACCUCCGCGCGUGUCAAUCCGAUGAUCGCAGUUCGUAUCAAGGACCGGAGUCGCAAGCACAAGACCACACCCAUGCAUUUCUAUCUUGCUGCUUUCCAUGUGUUGUUGGCUCGUUUGACAACAUGUACGGAUGUUGCAAUUGGUGUUGCCGACACUAAUCGUUCGACUCUCACAGACCAAGCCACAAUGGGCUUUUUCGCCAGUCUUCUCCCUGUGCGUUUGAGGUACUCUCCAGACGACAUAUUUGCCGAAACAUUGAUUGCCGUCAAGGACGAAAUGCGGGGGGCUCUCUUGCACAGCGCUGUACCGUACGGCGCGAUUCUCGAACAUUUAGGCCUGUCAAACCCUUCAUCCACUGAUCCAGACUCUCAAUCACCGCUAUUCCAAGCCGUCUUCGAUUAUAAGCAGGGUCAAGCGGAAACUGGAAGCAUCGGUCGAGCGAAUAUCGUUGAGUCUCACCUUUCACGGGCUGGAUCUCCAUAUGAUAUUACCCUGGAAAUGAGCGACGAUCCUAACAAGGAUCCCUUGAUCAUUCUCAAGCUGCAAAGCGAGCGAUAUGCCCCCAGUGAUGCUGAAGUUGUCAUGGAUGCGUAUCUUGCUAUCUUGAGCAUUUUUUCCAGAAACCCCGCACUCAGGGUCGAGGACGGCCGUCUGGACCAAGGAACCAAGGUGAAAGCCUGA